AAAAAUGAAAGUCUAUACAUAAAAUAUAUGUUGUUCAAUACAAAAUAAAGAAAGAUUUAGAAAAUAUAAUAUGUAUGCGACAUAACUAAACAUUUGAAGAUAUUGGUUGUAAACAAAUCAGGUUUACUGAGAUAGCGAAGCUGCAAUAUCAAUUUUUCUCAUUGUAGUUUCAAGUUUAAUGUCUAAUAAAGUUUGUUUUUAUUUUCAAAGCGAUUAAAGUUAUUGUCGGAAAUCAUAAGUUAUUACUAACUGAAUACCAUAUCAAGUUUUUUAUAAUCACAUUUGUGUAUACACUGUACGAGAUUCAAUUACUUUAACGCACAUAAUGUUAAACGAAAGUUUGUUUAUAUAAAAUUUUAUCGAGUAAAGUUUAACUCAUUUCAAGAUGUCUAAAAAGGAUACAUCACAGAAGUUUUUCACUAUACAGUUUUACGAACAUGGACUUGAAGAAGCCAAAACAACGAAAGUACCAGCGCGAAAAGGAAAAUCUUUGAAGGAAUCAUUAGAACCAAUUUUACAGAACCACAAUUUGUCAUUUGAGACACAUUCAGUGUUUUUGGACUCGUCCAACACUCCAUUACCACUUACCAGCGAAACAUUUCCAUAUGGUGGACAUGUGCUGGUCGUUAAAGCAAACGAACAAAUUAAAGUUGACAAAAGAAUAUUCUCCAUGCGAAAGGAUGAUGGAAAAAAAAGUCCAGAGACUAACAAACGUUUUUCAAGUUUGCUAAAAGAUUAUGAAGCGAAUGGAUUUGAUGACGAAACAUUUGACGCUACUGAUGGAGAUUCGCCUAAAAUAGAAGAAGUUGAUGAGUUUUUUCUUGAGACAUCUUGGAAGGAUGUUAUCACUGAAACAGAGAAUAUAACAGAUAGACAACGAGUUCAGCAAGAAGCCAUAUGGGAAUUACUUUCCACAGAGAUCACAUUUAUCAAAGAUAUCAAAAUUGUCAUUGAUAUUUUUCAAAAGUGUUUUCUAAGCCUACAAAGGGAAGGUUACCUCACAGAAAUUGAUCAAUCAGUAAUAUAUGCUAAUAUUAAUGAAAUAUACGAAGUCAAUGUGUCUUUCUGGAAUCUACUCAAGCGAGCUGUCGAAAAUGCAAGGUCGACAAAAUUACCAAUCAAACCAAGUCAAUUGGUUCAAUCAUUUGAAGAGUUUGAAGAACUUUUCCAACCAUAUAUCACAUUCUGCAAUGCUGACACGUCAAACAUGAAAAUACCGAACUGUUCACAACGGACAAAUGAAAUGUUGAAAGAAUAUUUUUUAUGGUGUGACAAUCAUGAGAAGUGCAAACGAAUCAAAUUAACAGGAUUUUUAAUCAAACCAUUACAGAGGGUCACCAAAUAUUCGCUUUUGAUCAGAGCAAUACUUAAUAAAACAGAUGAUGAGAAGGAGAGAUUGCUGAUGGAAGAUAUGAUGUCACGAGUAGAAACAUUUGUGUCAAAAAUUAAUUCUGCAGUUCAUAUGCGACAAGAAUAUGAAAAACUGAUCAGUGUGCUAGCUAAAUUCGAUACGUACUGUCCCCAAGAUGCCGUCAAUGACGAAACUGAAAAGAUAAUGAGCGAAUACUGCAAUUUGGAUUUGAAAGGAAAUAUUCCUGGUGUGUCCGAAGACGAGAAAAGAUUCCUUCUAAAGGAUGGACCAAUGAAACUAGUGGAGAAACAGACGAAAAAAGAUGUGCAUGCCUUUUUAUUUUCGGACGUUUUUGUAUUAACGAAACUAAAACGAAAUAUCGACAAAUAUCGAAUCAUAAGGCAACCAUUUCGAUUGAACAAAGUUGAAUUGAAAGUUUUGAAAGACCCUGGUUCCCUUUUGUUCAUUUAUUUAAAUGAAUAUGGGGUGAUGGCUAAUGCAUUCGUACUUCAAAUCAAUCCAAGUGAGCAAGCCAAAUGGUUAUCCGCUUUUCAAAAAGCUAAGAAAGAGUAUGAAAUUGUUAGAAAUGAAUACGGUUACACUAAAGAAGACUUCUUCGAUGAUGACCUGCCUAAUUCUGUCAUCUGUAAAAACAAAGUGCGAAAAAGAAAUGCGCAAAACUUAUCAAGAUCGACAUCAAAAUCGGGAAGCAAAGAUUUUGCUGAUUCAACAGCUUUGCAAUGGACAAACUGGAAGCUAUUGUUCGGUGCUACUGUAUUUUGUUUAUUUAAUGUAUUCUUGUCACGCUUAUUUGGUUUUAAAUAGAUAACUGAGGCUAUAAA